CGUAGCUGCUCGCCGUUUGUUCGUUCAUAUGCGGUUACGCUAUCGGUUGAGUUUUCGCGUGCUUUUCUUCAUGUUUUUUGAUUGCCACUUUCUUUCGGUGUUCAUUACUUUUGCUUUCCAGAAGAGUAUCAUCAAUCUACGCCAUCAGUGAAAGGAAGAUAGAGAACAGAAGUUUUUGAUUUUAAGUGUGUUUACCUACGUACGUACCAGAGGCACAUACUUGCAAGCGUUUGUAGUUCUAUCAACCAGUUGUGCUGUCGCAGUGGAAAUUUAUCAAACAAAAAUCAAAACAGUGUUGAGUAAACAAGUUUUUCUCAGUGUGUUCAAAACCAUUCACGGCUGAGUCAUUAGCGUUUUGUAUCGAAACCAUCGUGUUCACAUGUUUUAAUUCGCGCACCAAUACCACUACGUGAUAAUGAUGUGUUUUUUUUUUAUUUAUUUAUGAAAGGAGAAAUUAAUACGAAGAUAAAAUUGUUAGACAGAAGCCAAAACAAAGCGCAAAACCGGCAGUGAAACAAAGUGUGAAAGAAGGAAACAGUGAUUCGUGCAAAUCCCAUUACAUUUUCGUUACUUCGGAAAAAACCCAAACACAAACGAAGACGAAGAGCGCUGAAAGGUAGAUACGAAGUUUGUUGUUGCUGAUAAAUGAACCACCCGCAUCUUCGUGACAAGUGAAACAAACACCAAUCCAGAGUGUGAUCGAGUGUAUUGGUGUGUCCGUCGUUAACUGGAUUAUUAACUAGGCGGUGCGGAGCGGUGUCUACGAGAAGUUGUUUACAAAGGAGGUGCUGCAUCGCUUGCGUGUUGUGCUGCAUGUGGCAUUUGUCACCACACGAGGUCAACGGGUGAAUAUGCACUAGCGUCGAUCGUUGCCGUCGAUUGAACACAUGUUCAAGAGUGUCCAAUGGUUGUGCAGAACGGCAUCGUCUUCUUUAUUUCCGAUCUGCAAUUCCCGGUUGUUCAAUGUGCAUCACACGGCCAGCGCCUGGAUGACGUGGACCUUUGCAAACAAGACGUCCCCGAGCAGCAGCUGACUGAACUCAACUAGUGAGGGUGCAUCUGCUUCCCCGUUCGGAUAGUAGCAGCUGAUCGGAAUUUAUUUGUUGCAAUCUAAGGAGGAGGAGGAGGUCGAACGAUCGACGAUCCUCUCGAGCAGUGGGACACGCGUGCCUGCAUUGAGCAAAAACCAAUUGUGAUAUUCGAAGAGCAACAACAAAGUACAAAUUAAUUAACCUUAAUUAAUCGCGGCUUCCGAGCGUGCUGUGUAUCUCCUAGUGUCUAAUUGCCUAGUGUGAGUUAGGCACGCUAAAAAUAUACGUUAAUUAAAUGGAAACUGCUAACCGACUGGUGAUACUGGAAGAGCAAAAGCAGUUGCAACGUGCGAAAUGUAAGGACGAAGGCAAAAAGAAGGUCAAGAAAAAAGUUGAUUUCAUUGGAGACGAGGUCAAGGACGAAAUGGCAGAGGAUUCAAUGUCGAAGAAUGUUCCGGUCAGUCCUAUGACGGAUGAUGACUUUGAACAUAUAUUCGAAAAAUCAAUGCAAGACCUUGAGACCAUAAAGUCGGACUCCGAUAGUGAUUUUGGCGAUGACCACGGUCUUCCAAUAAAGAAAACGGCAGUCCCUGUCAAGGGUCAACGGAAGAAAAACAGUGCCUCCUCAAGUGAUAGUAGUGUAAGCGAUGUUGAAGAAGAUAUUCACUCGUGGAUUGAAAACUGUCAGAAAUCUCCCUUGAGCCCAAGACGAAUCGAGUUUCCUCCGUUGGUAGCGGUUCAUCCUUCGGUGCUUCCAUUUGCGGUGCGACGUAGGUUAUCCGAAUGUGUAGAAGAAGAUGAAGAGGACGACAAACACCACAGCAGCAAUUAUGCCAAACAAAGUACAGCCACCGCUGGCGAUUGUACAAUCAGGAUUAAUCCGCCACCCACUAAUGGGAAUUCUUCCCAGAAAACUGAAAUUGCAACGCCGGUUCGUAAAUCUCGAUUCUCGGUAACCAAAGCAAGUGAACUUCCUCAACUUCGACCGGAGUCCAUCAAUCUGCGAUCCCUGACGGCUGCACAAAAUUCUCAAACAAUCCACUUCCCGUGCAGUCAAUUCAACCCGGAUCGUACAUCGCUGAGAAGUAUGUUCUCGCCGGAGUCGCCGUUUCCAAAUCCUCAUUUGGAUAAACAGUUUUUCGACACGUCGCUGGUCGAGAUACGACCAAUUACCAGUAGUAUUACGUCUGCCACUGGUAUCGGUGUCUCGCCUGAUGACAGCCCCGGUAGCAGCACCAGUUCUACCAGCAAAAAUACCAUGCCAUUCGAACUGGACGAAGUGUGGGUCAAACGUUCGGACAGAGAAUAUUCACCAAAGAAGCCAUCAGUCGGCGGCCCGUCGACGGUAACGUCCUCUAAAUCGGCAACAUUGCCGGCGGCAUUUUCGAAAGCAUCAUCGAAACCGGCGAAGAAAGGCACCACGAGCGACUCGGCCGAUGGGGGCACCCAUUUCCAACGGCCUUCGACGGCCCCGGCGGCAACGGAAUCGACUCGUUCUUCCAAACGGAUGAAGAAAAGCGAACGUGAAGCCAAAAAACAGGAAAAGGAACUGAAGAAAAUUGAACGGGAAACCGCUCGGCGUCUGGAACGCGAAGCGGCCAAACUGGAGAAGCUCAACCGUAAACAUGAGAACAUUUCUCGUAGUACGGAACGUGUGAGCGGAACACGGUCCGGUUCGUUGGAGAGGCGGCGAAGUGGCGACGAUGGUCCAGUGUUGAAUCAAUCGACUGUUCAUGGUAUUGCCAGUCCUAAUCGUCGACCGACUAUUUUCGACGUGUUCCGAACACGCAAAGGGUCAGACUCGAAAAAGAAAAAGGAUGACUCUAGCAAAUCGAGUUCCGAUAAGGAAAGUACAAGCGGUAGUGGUACGAUUAGUGGUUCCGGGGGCAUCAUGAACAGCAUGAAAGCGGCCCUGCAUGUGGGAGGUCGUCAUAGCCACCAAACGGCGAGUCCGCAUCCAGAAAGUGCCGCAAGUUCGAAAGUGCGUGACGGUUCUGCUCAUCCCCAUGCAGGCAGUGACGCACAGUACUAUCACACUGUGACGGCUGUUCGACGAGCUGACGCCGGCAAGUCUCCUAUGACCAAGGUGAUGGAUUUGUUCAGGCAUCGUUCCAAUUCAGCAGUGUCCGAAGCUGACAAACGCAAAGCGCGUGCGGCAGCACAACACCAACAACAGCUGGCAGCUCAAACGGCUCACAUGCGAAGAGCCUCGGCGGAACUAGCGGAAAGACGACGAGCAUCACUAGGAGCCAGCCGAGGGCUGAGACCAGACGGUACACUAGAUCCGUAUCACGCGGCAAUUCUAUUCCGAGAUUCACGAGGGCUCCCCGUGGCCGAUCCCUUCCUGGAAAAAGUUAGCUUAUCCGAUUUAGAAGAAGACGAGUCGCAGAUCUUUGUCAAGUUCUUCCGAUUCCACAAGUGCUAUGAUUUGGUGCCGACGUCGGCCAAGUUGGUUGUAUUCGAUACUCAGCUACUCGUCAAGAAGGCAUUUUACGCACUCGUCUACAAUGGCGUCCGGGCGGCACCACUCUGGGACUCGAAUCGGCAGGAAUUCGUCGGCAUGCUGACGAUCACCGACUUCAUCAAGAUCCUGAAGAUGUACUACAAGUCGCCCAAUUCAUCGAUGGACGAGCUCGAGGAGCACAAGCUCGAGACGUGGCGAAGUGUCCUACAGGAGGAGGUUAAGAAACUAGUUAGUAUUGGACCGGACGCUUCGUUGUACGAUGCCAUCAAAACGCUUAUCCACAACCGAAUCCAUCGAUUGCCGGUGAUUGACCCGCUAACCGGAAAUGUUUUGUACAUAUUGACCCACAAGAGAAUACUUAGGUUUUUGUUUUUAUAUAUUAAUGAACUACCAAAACCGUCGUACAUGCAGAAGACGCUACGCGAAAUCCGAAUCGGCAGCUACAACAACAUUGAAGUCGCCACCGAAGACACCAGCAUCAUAACGGCGCUACACAAAUUUGUCGACCGGCGAGUUUCGGCGCUGCCUAUCGUGGACAGCGAGCGUCGCCUGAGGGAUAUUUACGCCAAAUUCGAUGUGAUUAAUUUGGCCGCCGAGAAGACGUACAACGAUCUGGAUGUUUCGCUCAAAACGGCCAAUGAACACCGGAACGCAUGGUUCGAAGGGGUACAACAUUGCAAGCUCGAUGAAACUCUGUACACCGUCAUGGAACGGAUCGUGAGGGCUGAGGUGCAUCGGUUAGUCGUGGUCGAUGAAGAUGAAAAGGUAAUCGGUAUCAUCUCGCUUUCGGACAUCCUGCUGUACCUAGUGCUGAGGCCAACUGGAGACGGUAUAGGUAAUUCCGAAUCACUGCGGGCAACGGAUCCAAGGCUUCGAAAGUCCCCAAGCAAAUUAAGUCAGACAAAGCGCGACAGUAACGAAAGCAUUGAAGAAGAGAAAGAAUCCACGCUGGAAGACGGCGUCGACACUGAGGAAGAGUCACAGAGCGGCGAAAAAGAUACCGAGGCUAACAAGACUGAACCAGCAGCAGUGGAGGAGGACGCUGAACAGGAUCGCGCCGAGGACGAUGACGUUCCUCCCGCAGAGUCACCAGUCGAACAUAGUUCCAACGGUUCUCCCGUCCAAGAAAUGCUGAACGAAGAACACAAGGCCAUACGUGAUACACUAGCAUCAAAUGUCCAAAGAGAAGUCGGUUUGGUUAGUGAAUAAUUGUUCAACUAAAAAAAAAAAAAAUGUUCGAUUUAAUGUCGUUUCAUCUAGAAAUUUUGCAUUGCAAUGUGAUUUCUGUGCAAAGUUUCAUUUUUGUGAAGUCAAAUUCAGUGAAGCAAAGGCAGCACCAGAUUUUUAUGCUUGGAUUUAUUUUUGUACAUAAUACGUUGAAUAAAAUGCGAUAAUAAAAUAAUGUGAACAGAACUUGUUGACAGAAACAAAUAGAAGGCCUUAUCAAUAUACACUUGAAACAAAUUAUUCUAAUAUUUUGCAAAGCCAACAAUAAACGAAUGGAAAAUUUGUGAUCAAAGUGCUGCUAUGCUUCCUUUUCUGAUUGGGGUAUGUGGACGUAUCCAGUCUCUAGAUGUUCUUUUUGAAAGCCCGGAUCAAACACAAAGUGAUGAUCCGUGAGUUACAAGUACAAACCAUGCAUGUGAAGAAAACAGAAACGAUAAAACCUAAUUAAAUAUCAAACCUUUGUAUCUAAAAGUCAGUAGCAAAGCAUAGUUCGUUGAAAUUCAUACCAAACAUGCACUAAUUCAUAUGGAUAGAUAGUAGUUUUUUUUCUCCAAAUAAAGAGAAACCGUUUCGCAGUAGGGACUAAUGCCUGAUCGGUUGAUUUUAUUUACUUGCGGAAAAAAAACCUUUACGGAGCAAAUCCAGAAAAAAAACAAACCAAACAAAUUUCAUAAAUUCUAUUGUAAUUGCAAUCCUAAGAUUCAGCUAGCAAUAAGCAAAAUAUCUAAAACUAUAAAUCAGUAAACAAACACCCCCGCUUGAGAGCAGGAGAGGUGACGAGCGCAAUUGAGGUGGCAAAUUAAUUGAAAAACAUGUAUAAAAUAUACUACAAACGAAAAAGCGUAGCUAUCUGUCGCUUGAAGCAUCGUUUAGUUGUUUGAACCUCUUCGCUCUGAUAAAAUUUGAACAAAAGAAAGAAUUUCAUAUCCAUAAAUUAUUAUUUAAAAACUGUUUGAUAAUCGAGUGAAUGCAACCGGAUCUAUAAUUUCGUUUUGGUGAUGUGAGUCUGCGGAGCGUGCCAGUGUGAUUAUCGAUUGAAGUCUAUUAGAGGGAGUGGACAUAAACGUAGAAUGUACAUUAAAAUGUUGAUAUACGUGUAAGUAAAGUAGUGAACAUCCAAAAGGAUUACUAAAUUGCUAUUUGAAUAUUGCUGCUGAAAAAUAACAAUGAAAUUCAAGAAAAAAAAGUUUAUUGAAACAUAAAAUAAACAAAAUACUAAACA